CCAAUUUAUUUUUCACACACAAGUGAUGGCCAUAGUAAUGGUACGGUGACUUUGUUAAGUAAAAGAAGUAUUUUAAAGGGUAUAGCAAUAAAAAAUAAAAUAAUUAAAAAUGAGUGAGAAACAAUUAAAACUUCAAAUUGUUUUAAUUGUUUUGUCAUUAUUAUUCAAAGGAUAUUACAGUGUAGAUGACAGUCUUUUGUUUACUGUAACCCGAGCACCAAGAUAUUUUGGGAUCUUGCAAGAUCACCGUGGACAGCCUCUUUCCGUUGAAAUAUCAGAAGAAUAUAUGGAUCAAGAUUACAUCGCUACGAACAGGAAGCGACAUAAAAUUGAUUGGAAUAAAAACCCUCUAGAUAUAGAUGAUUUCGAUGACGACGAGACAGAUGAAAUAGUCGAUGAAAAAGACAAAGAUGUAAAAUUGCCAAACAAAUUUAACUUACAAGCGGGACCGGUGUAGUAUUUAAUUUAUUUUUAAUACGAACUCAACUAGCUCUAAGGGAAAAUAGAAUAAGGAGCAGAAUUCAAAAUUAAGUAAUUAAAAAUAUAAUCAAUAGAAAGUGUUUAUUUUUUUCGUUCUAUUUGAGUUUUAAAAAUAAAACUAAA